AUGGCCGUUUCUACGCACUUCGACAUUCCCUUCAUUUCGAAAAGAACCCCUGAGUGGCUGAAAAAAAUAUUUGCAGCAAUCACUAAGAGUGAGAGGAAUGGCCCUGUAUUUCGCUUCUUUAUUGAUCUAGGAGAUGCAGUCUCAUAUGUCAAAAAGCUGAAUAUUCCAAGCGGUGUGGUUGGGGCCUGUCGUCUUGACCUAGCAUAUGAACAUUUCAAGGAAAAACCUCACUUAUUCCAGUUUGUUCCGAAUGAGAAGCAGGUCAAGGCAGCCAAUAAACUGCUGAAGAGUAUAUCACAACAUGGUGUCAAGAAAAAGGUUGAUGGGGUGCCCGUGUUUAGUGCCCAUAACUUAGACAUUGCAAUAGCAACUACAGAUGGGGUUAAAUGGUAUACUCCCUACUUCUUUGAUAAAAACAUGCUUGAUAAUAUUCUUGAAGAAGCCGUUGAUCAACAUUUCCAUACUUUAAUCCAAACUCGGCACAUGCAGCGGCGGCGGGAUGUGGUUGAUGACAACUUGGCUGCAGAGGUGAUUGAGGAAAUGGGAGAUAGUUUAGGGGAGCCUCCAGAGGUUCAGGAAUUGCUAGAUGAAAUGGGCCAUCCUAGUAUACCAUUAAGUGUUAUUUCAAAAGCUGCAGAACUCCAGUUUCAUUACACUGUUGACAAAGUAUUCCUGGGUAAUAGGUGGUUGCGGAAAGCAACAGGCAUACAACCAAAAUUUCCAUAUAUGGUUGACUCGUUUGAGAGAAGGUAUAUUUUAUGUUGUUUUUCAAGACUUUGAAACUUAAAUGUUCAA